AUGGGCAACGAAGAGACAAAAGAGACUGGGAAGAAGACGAUGAAGAGUUUUGGAAGCAUAAGAUCGAUAUUCAUGCACGCGGACGGUGUAGACUGGGUGCUAAUGGGAUUAGGGUUAAUCGGAGCAGUCGGUGAUGGCUUCACAACUCCUCUUGUUCUUCUCAUCACAAGCAAGCUCAUGAACGACCUUGGUGGUCCUUCUUUCAACACUGAAACCUUCAUGCAAAGCAUCUCCAAGAACUCUGUAGCUUUGCUUUAUGUGGCUUGUGGUUCUUGGGUUGUCUGCUUCCUUGAAGGGUAUUGUUGGACAAGAACAGGGGAGAGACAAACAGCAAGAAUGAGAGAAAAGUAUUUAAGAGCAGUGUUAAGACAAGAUGUGGGGUACUUUGAUCUUCAUGUUACAAGCACUUCUGAUGUUAUCACUAGUGUCUCUAGUGACAGCUUCGUCAUCCAAGACGUGCUCAGUGAAAAGUUACCUAAUUUUUUGAUGAGCGCAUCAACAUUCGUUGGAAGCUACAUAGUCGGAUUUAUUUUGCUAUGGAGACUCGCUAUAGUUGGCUUACCAUUCAUUGUCCUAUUAGUGAUUCCUGGCCUUAUGUACGGACGAGCCCUCAUGAGCAUUUCGAGGAAGAUACGUGAAGAGUACAAUGAAGCUGGUUUUGUAGCUGAGCAGGCGAUUUCUUCGGUGAGAACCGUCUAUGCGUUUUCGGGUGAGAAGAAGACCAUAUCAAAGUUCUCAACCGCGCUUCAAGGGUCUGUGAAGCUAGGGAUUAGACAAGGUCUUGCUAAGGGAAUCACCAUUGGAAGCAAUGGAAUCACUUUCGCCAUGUGGGGGUUCAUGUCUUGGUAUGGAAGCCGGAUGGUCAUGUACCAUGGUGCUGAAGGUGGUACCGUCUUUGCAGUUGCCGCCUCUGUUGCAAUCGGCGGCGUAUCACUUGGAGCUGGUUUGUCUAAUGUCAAGUACUUCUUUGAGGCGUCUUCAGUUGGGGAACGAAUCAUGGAAGUGAUAAACAGAGUUCCCAAGAUUGACUCCAACAAUCCGGACGGGCACAAACUGGAGAAAACUAGAGGAGAAGUAGAGUUUAAGAACGUAAAGUUUACCUAUCCAUCAAGACCCGAAACAUCUAUAUUCAACGAUUUUUGUCUAAGAGUUCCUUCUGGAAAAACCGUGGCUUUAGUAGGAGGAAGUGGGUCAGGAAAAUCAACCGUCAUAUCGCUAUUGCAAAGGUUUUAUGAUCCAGUUGCAGGAGAGAUUCUCAUAGAUGGUGUAUCCAUUGACAAGCUGCAAGUGAAGUGGUUGAGGUCUCAAAUGGGUCUAGUUAGCCAAGAGCCAGCACUUUUCGCCACAUCAAUAAAAGAGAACAUAUUGUUUGGUAAAGAAGAUGCAUCCAUGGAUGAUGUUGUUGAAGCUGCCAAAGCCUCUAAUGCUCAUAACUUCAUUUCUCAGUUACCUAAUGGCUACGAAACUCAGGUUGGAGAAAGAGGAGUGCAAAUGUCAGGAGGCCAAAAGCAGAGGAUAGCAAUCGCACGUGCCAUAAUCAAAUCGCCGGUGAUACUUCUUUUAGACGAGGCAACAAGCGCAUUGGACUCUGAAUCCGAAAGAGUAGUCCAAGAAGCACUAGAAAACGCCUCCAUCGGUCGAACAACUAUUCUUAUCGCUCACCGUCUCUCUACCAUUCGUAACGCUGACGUUAUCUCUGUGGUCAUGAACGGCCAUGUAGUGGAAACCGGGUCACACGACGAGCUAAUGGAAAACUUAGAUGGUCAAUACACUUCACUAGUCCGCUUACAACAGAUUGAAAAACAAGACUCGGAUGUGAACAUCAGCUCCAACAUACAAAUGGGUCCAAUCUUGGAUCCUAGCAAAGAUUUGAGAAGUAUUUCAAGAGUCUCGACUCUAAGCAGAACAAGCUCUGCUAACUCGUUUACAGUCUCAAGCACCAUGAAGAAUCUUUCUCAAGAUGAUAAGCCUCCUUUACCCUCGUUUAAGAGACUCUUGGCAAUGAACUUACCGGAAUGGAAACAAGCCUUGUACGGCUGCAUAAGCGCGACCUUGUUCGGUGCCAUACAGCCAGCUUACGCGUAUGCUUUGGGAUCGAUGGUAUCGGUUUAUUUUCUGACGAGCCACGACGAGAUCAAGGAGAAAACAAUGAUCUACGCGUUAUCUUUCGUCGGUCUAGCCGUUCUUUCUUUCCUGAUCAACAUCAGUCAACACUACAACUUCGCAUACAUGGGUGAGUAUUUGACUAAGCGUAUCCGAGAACGGAUGCUCUCUAAAGUCCUAACGUUCGAAGUCGGUUGGUUCGAUCGAGACGAGAACUCGAGCGGUGCUAUUUGCUCUAGACUCGCAAAAGAUGCUAAUGUGGUGAGAUCGUUGGUAGGUGAUCGGAUGGCGUUAUUGGUACAGACCAUAUCGGCUGUGACCAUAGCAUGCACGAUGGGUUUAGUGAUCGCGUGGAGACUAGCACUCGUGAUGAUCGCGGUGCAGCCGGUGAUCAUCGUCUGCUUCUACACACGCCGUGUCCUACUCAAGAGCAUGUCCAAGAAAGCAAUCAAGGCGCAAGACGAGAGUAGCAAGCUAGCAGCAGAAGCCGUCUCCAACGUCCGAACCAUCACGGCCUUCUCGUCGCAAGAACGUAUCAUGAAAAUGCUCGACAAGGCGCAAGAAACGCCGAGGAGAGAGAGCAUACGCCAGUCGUGGUUCGCGGGGAUCGGUCUAGCCAUGUCGCAGAGCCUCACCACGUGCACUUGGGCUUUGGAUUUCUGGUACGGUGGUAGAUUGAUCGCUGGUGGUUACAUAACUGCUAAGGCUUUGUUCGAGACGUUCAUGAUUUUGGUUAGUACCGGUCGAGUCAUUGCUGACGCUGGAAGCAUGACCACGGAUUUAGCUAAAGGCUCCGACGCGGUCGGGUCGGUUUUCGCAGUGUUGGAUCGGUACACGUCGAUUGAUCCGGAGGAUCCGGAUGGGUACGAGGCGGAGAGAAUAACGGGUCGGGUCGGGUUUCUCAAUGUGGACUUCUCGUAUCCGACUAGACCGGAUGUGAUGAUAUUCAGAGAUUUCUCGAUUGAGAUUGAAGCCGGAAAGUCGACGGCGAUUGUUGGUCCAAGCGGGUCGGGUAAGUCAACGAUAAUCGGGUUGAUCGAACGGUUUUACGACCCGGUGAAAGGCGUUGUGAAAAUCGACGGUCGCGAUUUAAGAUCGUAUAAUCUGAGAUCGCUUCGUCAGCACAUAGCUUUGGUUAGCCAAGAGCCGACGUUGUUCGCCGGAACGAUCAGAGAGAACAUCGUAUACGGAAGAGCUUCUGAUAAAAUCGACGAGUCGGAGAUCAUCGAGGCGGCGAGGGCAGCGAACGCUCACGAUUUCAUCACGUCGUUAUCGGACGGUUACGACACGUGCUGCGGAGACAGAGGAGUACAGUUAUCCGGUGGGCAGAAACAGAGGAUCGCGAUCGCUCGUGCUGUUUUGAAGAACCCGUCCGUGUUGCUACUCGACGAAGCUACGAGCGCUUUAGACAGCCAAUCGGAGCGUGUGGUGCAAGACGCGCUCGAGCGCGUGAUGGUCGGGAGGACGAGCGUUGUGAUCGCGCAUAGGCUGAGCACGAUCCAGAACUGUGACGCGAUCGCUGUUCUAGACAAAGGGAAACUGGUUGAGCAUGGGACCCACUCGUCCUUGUUGGCAAAAGGUCACACAGGUGUUUACUUCUCAUUGGUUAGUCUCCAGAGAACUUCUUGUUAA